UUUAGUCUAUUGUUAAUGCUGGUGGAUCAGGGUUUGAGUUCGGUUUGUCGGAUGGAAAAUGAGCUUCCACAGAUGUCUACAACUGAAAUUGUGGAUAUUCUCAAGAAAAAGCCCAUAGAGUUCCAGUCCCUUUCACUAGCAAGUUUGCUAUCAGAACUUGUAAGGAGAUCGCUUCUUGCCUUGCAGGGCAAGUCAGGAGCUUGUAACAGUGAAAAUGAGCUUUCAGCACUUUAUGAUGAAUGGAUCUGCACAUGGGUUCUUCAUAUCCUGACAUCAAAAGAAGUCAGUAGUCGAGCUUUGGCUGGAGCUUCAUAUUUCCUUGCUCUUUCUACUGCAGGGGGAUCAAAACAUGCUGAAGAAUUUAGAGACAAGCUCAUAGAUGUUCGGGGAAUUCACAAAUUAGUUGCCCUUCUUUCUCAUGAAAGUUCUUCUGUACGCUUUAAUGCAUUGUUGGCUUUGGGAAAUUUACUUCGCCAUUGCCCAACUACACAUUCUGAAGCAUUGCGACUUGGGGCUCUGAGAAAGUUGGCAUUAAUCUUCCACGAAGCACGAGAAGAACCUCAGCAGAAUCUGUGCAUGGACACUUUUCUCUGUCUUUGUGACUCUGAUUUACCUGGAAUGUUUCAUGAAUUGCAUCACAAUGGAUUAAUUAAUCAAGCGCUUGUCUGGGUACAUUGUACAACCAGCAAGAGGAUCUGCAAAAAGGUUAUUGAGUCCAUUAAUGUUUUACUAGAUAAGACUGCAGAAUCUCGUAAUAGAUUGCUUCAACUUCAUGUUGUUCAACCUUUACUCUCUGUUAUAAGAACCAGUCCAUGCAACAAACUUCGUCUGGUUGCGCUUAUGGCUCUGGAAAGUGCUUGCUGCAAGGAGGAUGGUGGAAUGCAAAGAAAUGAUUUUAUAUGUGAUGGAGGAGUGAAGACACUGAUGCAAAUUAUAGAGUCCAAGAAUGUCGUUUUGCUUGUUCAGGCUAUCCAAAUACUGGCAUUACUUGCUGUCUUGGAUGAUAAAGCAAGACAGGAGAUCACAGGAAUGAGUUUGUGCUUACAGUUUCUUGGAAACAUUCUACCCUCACCUACUGUUGAGUUCGAAGCUUAUCUGAUUGUAUUGUCAACUGAAGACAUUGAGGAGCCUGAAGUGGUGCCACUACUAAAGGAACAUGCAACAGCCAUUCGAUUGCUCUGUAAGGUUUGCAAUGUCAAACUACAAGGACGGCAGAAACAUCAUACAUGUGCCCCAAAUAUCAUUGGUGGUACUUCUGGAGUUGUGGCUGCUAAAGUUGGAGCAGAAUAGUGUUUACACAUUCCACCAAAAUAAAGUAAUUUGUGUGAAGCUUGUAGGCACGUGUAAAUAAUAGUGCAGAGGCUGGGGUCCAGUUUUCAAUAUAUCUUCCACAAUCUAAUCACAGCCUCAAUAAUGGCAGCAAGUUGUGGCAGAAAGUUUUGAAAACAACUAAGAGAAGGUGUUUAGAAAUUUGAUUAGGAUGUAAAUAUAGUAUAACGGUAAAUGAGGUUUCAGCUUUAAGGUAAAGGACUAUAAUAUUUUCUGGAUGAUGGAAGCUGCUACAAAAUAAUAACUGUGUAAUAUAGCAACAUUUUUGAUUUCAAAAUGGUUAGGCUUAGGAGAAAUGCUAAUCCAUGCAUACCAGCAAGGCCGAAUCCCGGUUCAAAUCUUGGCUGCAAAGACUCUCCAGCAGGGGAUACACAUAAAUCACAAGGGACUGGCAUAAUGACCCUGGAAUUAUGCCUAAUUAGAAUGAUAAAGGCUCUAUUGUCUCACCUUUGUGUACAUGGCAAGAAGGUUGGCCUUCCCUGAUUGGGAGUCUGAAAGUCACCUAGUUUUAAUAUGUUCGAACUUUUUCGGCAUGGAAUUGCAUGGAAUCAGGAAUGUCAUAUCACAUAAUUGUCCCUUUGUAUUUAGAUGCAAAUGGCAAAUUCCAUAAUGAGAAUGUUAGGUGCAUAUGUUGUGCAUGCUUAUUAA